CGCGCAGCCGCCGCGCUGCCCCGCGGAUGCCCUUCAUGCCUCAGCCGCCCCAAGGCGAAGCCCGGAGCCCCCCGCUGCGCCUCCUGCCCCCCGGCCGGCCGUGAAAUGCUCCAGGAGAAAAGCCUGUCUGAAACCGAGGAAGGGUUUCCAACAGCCCCCGCGCCCGGCCAUGCGGACUCCUCCGCCGGUUCCCCCGUCCUCGGCGUAGCCGGCGGGAGCAGCACGCCGCUCAGCAGCCCACAGCUUCCCGAUCCCGAGCAGACCAUAGAAAAUAUCAAAGUCUAUCUCCAUGAGAAGGAGCUAUGGAAGAAAUUCCAUGAAGCUGGCACUGAAAUGAUCAUAACCAAAGCAGGCAGGAGGAUGUUUCCUAGUUACAAGGUUAAAGUGACCGGAAUGAACCCCAAGACCAAGUACAUCUUGUUGAUCGACAUCGUCCCAGCUGACGACCACCGGUAUAAAUUCUGUGACAAUAAAUGGAUGGUGGCAGGGAAGGCAGAGCCGGCCAUGCCGGGGCGGCUGUACGUGCACCCCGACUCACCGGCCACAGGAGCACACUGGAUGCGGCAGCUGGUGUCCUUUCAGAAGCUAAAACUCACCAACAACCACCUGGAUCCCUUUGGACAUAUAAUUCUUAAUUCAAUGCAUAAAUACCAACCACGACUGCAUAUUGUGAAGGCGGAUGAGAACAAUGCUUUUGGGUCGAAGAACACAGCCUUCUGCACCCAUGUUUUUCCAGAGACAUCCUUUAUAUCAGUGACCUCCUACCAGAAUCACAAGAUCACCCAGCUGAAGAUUGAAAACAACCCCUUUGCCAAGGGAUUCAGGGGCAGCGACGACAGUGACCUGCGCGUGGCACGGCUGCAAAGCAAAGAAUACCCAGUAAUUUCCAAAAGCAUCAUGAGGCAGAGGUUGGUGUCCGGUCAUGGCCAGCUUCCGACAAAGCCAGAUGUUAACCCACUUCAUGGGAAUCACCAGGCCCUUCAACAUUAUCAGUAUGAGAACGGUGCUCACAUGCAGUUUGCAGCUUCAGAUACUCAAGAUCUGCCACUCAACACCUUCACAGCACAGAGAGAUUCAGGGCUCUUCUAUCAUUGCUUAAAGAGAAGAGAAAGUGCUCGGCACCUGGACCUGCCCUGCAAGCGCUCCUACCUGGAAGCCUCCUCUUCUGUAGGAGAUGAUCAUUAUUUCCGUUCCCCACCUCCGUACGAUCAGCAGAUGUUAAGCCCUUCCUAUUGCAGCGAGGUGACUCCGAGGGAAGCGUGCAUGUACUCUAGUUCUGGGCCUGAAAUUGCUGGUGUCUCGACGGUUGAUGACUUGCCACCUCCGCCUCCCCCCUUGAGCUGCAAUAUGUGGACUUCUGUUGCACCUUACACCAGCUACAGUGUUCAGACAAUGGAAACUGUCCCUUACCAGCCUUUCCCUGCUCAUUUCACGGCCACCACCAUGAUGCCACGGCUCCCGUCCAUCACGGGUCAAGGCUCGCAGCCACCAGGUAACAGCCACUUCAGUGUCUACAACCAGCUGUCCCAGUCUCAGGUUCGGGAGCGUGUUCCUUCUUCAUCUUUCCCACGGGAAAGGGUGCACCCGUCUGUGUGCGAGAGAAAACCCCCCUCUCCACACCUAAAUGCAGCGAAUGAAUUCCUGUACUCACAAAGCUUUUCCUUGUCGAGGGAAUCAUCGCUGCAGUAUCAUUCAGGGAUGGGGACUGUGGAGAACUGGACUGAUGGAUGACUCUGACGGCCAAGCGAUGCCACAGACAACGUUACUGCUCCAGGACAGUGUUCAAUCAGUGUUGAUACCUGUGGGUAACUUGCACUUCGGUGAGACAAAUGUGCAUUUCCAGAGGGAUUUGUGUGGGUGAAGAGCUUGUAUCUUCAGACACACAGAGAAUUACAUCUCCUAUCUCAGUGGGCUGGAUUCAUCAGUCUCUUACUGACUCCUGAAUAAAUUAAUCCUCACAUCUUCAUCCAGUAGAAACCAUCUUCAUGACUAACAAGUGAAGUAGCUACUCAUUUUCUUUUACUUGUAAUAUUAAACAUCCAUAAGCAGAUUUUGGCUAUUUGGGAAAAAUAGGAGCUUCACUUUCAUGGUACUUGGUUCAUGAAGUCACAGCAUCCCAAAACUGAAAGGAACAAGUGACCUGUUUGGUUGCAUAGUUCAAAGACUGCCGUAGCAGCACUUCUUUAGCUUUUUUAUCUGUAGAAAUUACUUCUUCCUCUG